ACAACAAGAUGUAGAGGAUUUCACAAAGUUAUGGGUUCUAUAUGUCUUUGUGACUAUCCUCUUUCCAACUAUACACUAUUACGUUCCUAAGGCAUUAUGUUCAUAUCUUGAUGAUUUAGACCGCUUAGGUUCAUAUAGUUGGGGUCUUGCUGUUUUUGCUUUUCUUCGCCAACAAAUACCUAGUGUAGCCGAUAGUGUGCGGUCAAGGAAUAUCACUGGGAAAGGAUCGGCUAAAUAUAUGGACGGCUGCACGGUCGCUUUGGUGGCAUGGGCUGUUGAGCAUGCGAACAGCCUUGUUGGAAGCCAACGACCCACCUUCAUGUAUCCACGUCUCCUGCGUUGGAGCAAUGUCUCAUUUCCUCGCAAGGUGGACGUGAUUUCUGAAAUCAUGAAGAACUUAAAACGAUAUCAGGUGAUCGAGAAGCUAGAGCCUAGAGAGGAGGAGUUGCACAUUCUCUCGCGAGGAAGGCCACGAGACGUUGCUUCCAUAGAGAUGCGAAGAGAUGAUGCAUUGGUAAAGGGUUUACAAAACAUUUUCAAUGUUUGUACAGAAAUCUUACAAUCAUUCUAGACUUUCGCACGUAUCUUUCAA